CUCGCGUGGAGAACGAGUGCGUGACCUCAUUGCGGUGUCACAGCAGCCAUGAAGACACCUUGCCGCUGCACGGAUGUCGCUUCGUCGUCACCACGAUGCGCUCCUCCACCACUUAGGCGGCAUUGUUCAGCGACGUUACGCUUACAUGGAUGCCGACAAACGCUACAUUGCAUCCAUCCUAGGAUCAACAGCGUCAGUGCAGCGGCGGCCGUUCCAGCAGUUGAAAGCCCUGGAACCCUCCCCACCAGCUCCAGUCGGCAGCUCGAUAAGAAUUUUGCACUUUCUCAUGAUAUUUUAGGGCUCGGCCAGGCGAUUGUGGAUUGGAGCUCAAGUGUAAGCGACGAGCUGCUGGACCAAUUUGACGUCCCCAAGGGAGGCCGAAGAGUCAUAACAGUUGAUGAACGUGCUGCGGUAAUGGAAACCCUGGAUGAGCUCGGCGCGCCCAGCCAGGUGAGCGCAGGCGGCUCCCUCGCCAACACACUCGUGGGGGUGGCUCGGCUGGCUCGGGCUGCCGGCAAGGACCUACGAGUGGCGCUGGGCGGCAGCCUGGGCGUCGACACGCUGGGGCAGUUCUUCAACAGCCAAAUGCGGCAGGCGGGCGUCAGCUGCCUCCUCGACUCCCACCACCACCACCACCACCCCAGCCACCACCAACACUGCAACAACCAGCAAGCCCCCCACGGCUCCCACUCUGAAACCACCGCCAUGCAAGAACCGUCAACCACCUGCGCCCAGCACUCCCAGCAUUCCUCCCAGCAGCAGCCCCCAGCGUCCUCAGCUCCCAGCAGCGCCCACACGGGCACCGUGAUGGUCCUCACCACACCCGACGCCCAGCGCUCCUUCCUCUCCUUCUUCACCUCGGAGCGCCUGACCCUCACGGAGCGGCUGCGGGCGGCGGUGCGCGCCAGCCAGCUGGUGGUGGUGGAGGGCUAUCUGUGGGAGAUGUGCGGCGCGGAGGAGUACGUGUCUGCCGUACUGGAGGCGGCGCAUGCAGUGGGCGCGCAGGUGGCCAUGACGGCGGGUGACCCAGGGGUCGUUGCGCGGCACCGGGAUGCCAUGCUGCGUGUCGUACACCGCGGCGUGGACAUGUUGUUUAUGAACGAGGCGGAGGCGGAGGCGCUGGCGGGGGGUCUACUGGCGGGCAGCGGAGAGGAGUGCACUGAUGUGGCGGCGGCAGCAGCAGCAACAGCAGCAGGGCAUGCAGAUAGCAGCCCGGCCGACAGCGGUGACGGGGCCCGGCGUGCGGUGUUGGCGCUGGCCGAGCGCUGCCCCAUCGUGGUGGUGACGGCGGGCAGCAAGGGCUCGUACGUCUGCGCCAUGGGGGAGCUAUGUGUCGUACCGCCGUACUGGCUGCCGCAGGGGCCGGUAGACACGUGCGGCGCGGGGGACGCCUACGCGGCGGGCUGGCUGUACGCCAUGAUGUCGGGGUACGACAUCCGUACGGCAGCGGGGUUUGCGUCGCGUGUGGCGAGCGCCGUGAUUGGGCGGUACGGGCCGCACCUGUCGGACGAUGACGCGGAGGAGCUCGUACGGCAGCUUCCGGGGCACCAGGUGCCUGGUGCGAGGGUGCGGUUGGGCGGCAUGGAGCUGGGUGCGGGGGACUUCCUGGACUUCUGAUGCGGGUGGAGGGUGGUGGAGGGUGGUGGCAGCUGAUGUGUUAGGGAUAACUGGCCGCGAGUAGGAACGUACACUGGAUUGUCGGAAGAUGAUGUGUGUGGGGACCUGGCGGGAUGCCCCCGGGGUCUGACGGACGACUCGGGCGAGGGAGGGGGCGGGCGUAGCGAAGUGAGCAGUUUAGAUGGCUUGAGUGGAUGAGGGGCGGAGUGAUGUGAGUGGGUGGCAGCGAGGUGAGGUGACGUGUGCGGGAGAGCGGCGGUGAAGGGUGGCGCUUGUGUGGGUUAGCAGUGUUGUUUGUUUCGAUGGGUUGAGUGGGGUUUGAGAAGGUGGUGGUUGCAGCAGAGCGUUGCACGGAGGAGUGGAGUUUGGAGUGAGCGUGAAGGAGGGUGAGGUGUGAGGUUAGCAUUCCUUCCCUUCGCGUCAGUUGCCAUGCCGUACUAACGAAGAGUACCCGGCGGAGGGAGGCUGUUCCUCUGUCGGCUUUUUCAGCCAAGGGUGGUCGUGUAGGGGAGGUGUUUCUUGCAUUACCAUGUCAGAGCGGUUUUGCGUUCUUAGUGCACAUCGUUUAGCGAGGGCCAACCCAUGCGGGUCUCAGUGCCUCGCACCUUGUAACUGUACUCGGCGUGUUGCGAGCAUUCAUUUGUAAGCUGGAGAGUGCGUGUGUGUGGGUAAGUGAUUGCGCAAAAUGUGCGUGGGAGUAGCUUUCUGAGGAGCGGUGAUUGCUUGAGAGAUCUUGCAGGUUGCAGGUUGCUACUCCGCGGCGAAGGUUGUGAGCUAGGCGCCUAUGAGGCUUGGUUAUUGUACUGCGAAAUUGAACCUUGGCGUUGCUGCAUUCGCGUUUUCCCUUUCUGUAUGUAGCUGGAUUUGUUGCCUUAAUGCUUAGUCAUCACGAUUGCUGAUGAGCCCAACGUACUUAGCUACCUCUACGGAGCUGGCUACCAUGCUAAUCUCGUUUGUUAGACACUUCUGUAAUCACAACCUAGCAAUCCAAGCCAUAUAAAAACGUAGUUACGGA